ACUCGAAAAAACAUCGUCAUUCUUUCCGAUCACGCAAAUCACUUUUAUUUCUUACCCAGUCGAAACAAAAAAUUUGUAAAUUCUAAAUGAACCAUUUUAUUAAGUUUAUCUCUGAAAACCGUUAAUAUGAAUAAUAUUCCAUAAGACUCGAACUCAAUCAUAAUUUUCUCAACAAAUUAUCAACUUUAAAAUAACAAUAGUUUACUCCGUUGUGUUUAGGCAUGACUUUAGCAUUAUACACCAUGAUCUUAAUAAAAUGUAUGACCAAUAGAGCACUAUACCACCCAUCAGAACGUAAAGUACAACUAAAAUACGACGGAGGAUGGAAUUAAUAUCUAACGACAUUUGAUACAGUCAGAAACAAUUCAAAACGCGUUUCGCAUGUAGAAAUAUAGCAAUUUUCGGUAAUGCCAUGGUUUCAAGAAUAAUUCAACAUGCUUACUGCAAGUCCUCUGAGCCAAACACCGUAUUGUCUUCUUCAUUUCUGCACAGAAGUUUCAACGCCACUAGCAAUGAUUGGCAAAAAGUUGAAAUAAUAGUAAAUUAACUAAACACAGGCCAUAAACAUUUCGCCCAUUACGGGCACGAAUGAAGAAGUAAUAAUGUGGCGUUCCAGAGACAAAUAAAGAUAAUCACAGAAUGUGCAAUACUGCUACAAAAGUACACGAUAAUUCAACAUACACUACAAAGGACUUGACAAAGAUACGACAAAAAACACUUCUUAAAAUACUUCUAACUGAAUACAUUUUUCAGUACAAAAAAAUAAAGGCCGCUUCUCUCUGCGGGAUUAGUGUCGUCAUCGGGUUAUUUAUUUUAUUAACUACCGGUGAGUGCCGGGGACGAGACGGCAUAUGCUGCGGACGGGCCGACAAAGAAACGUGGAAUACGGGACAGGUAUUACUCGUUAUAUCAGGCGUUUUCUUAACCUGUGAACCAAUCGGCGCCCAAGAUGACUCGUCGUUGACGUAUCGAGUGUCUGCUGAUCGAAUUGUACAGGACACCAGUAAUUAUGUAGAAGCUCGGAGCGCAGAGCAAAAGUUUUUGAAAAAGUACAUGUUAUCCCCUGACGUGACAUGCAAUGACGGAUCUCCAGCAGGAUUUUACGUGCGCCAUUCAAACUAUAGCAAAACAUGGAUAGUGUUUCUUGAAGAGGGUUGGUGUUGUUAUGACAAACAGAGUUGUGACGAACGGUGGUCACGAGCCGAAUAUCUCAUGUCAUCAAAAGAAUGGCCCGAAACUCGAACAGUUGGAGGAAUAUUAUCCAAUAAUGCAGUUGAAAAUCCUUACUGGUGGCAAGCGAAUCACGUUUUCGUACCAUAUUGUACUAGUGAUAUAUGGUCAGGUCGGAGAGCAGAACCACAACACGGGUCAAAAUUCACUUUUAUGGGUUCCAUAGUGAUUAAGCAAGUCAUCAGAGAGCUAUUAACUAUAGGUUUGGCCAAUGCCAAUGCUCUCAUACUCUCUGGAAGCAGUGCUGGGGGUGUUGGAGUCAUGUUGAAUCUUGAUCCCAUUCAAAAGAUGUUGAGACAAUACAGUGGCAUGUCAGUCCACGGUAUUACAGACUCCGGUUGGUUCGUAGACCAACGGCCGUAUGAUUUUGAAGACGAGGGAAGUGCGUCGACAUCACCGAUCGAAGCUGUGAAACUAGGCAUCCCUUACUGGCACAGUCAGAUACCAUCCAGGUGUCGAAAUCUCUACAUUAACGAGCCAUCCAAGUGUUUUAUCGGUUAUAAAAUUUAUCCUACAUUAUCGGUCCCGUUGUUCGUAUUUCAAUGGCUGUACGAUGAGUUCCAGCUAAAAAACGAUGUCGGCACACCAGUCACCAAGCAGCAAUGGGAUUACAUACACAAGAUGGGCGAAGGACUGCGGAAAUCAUUACUAAACGUCACGUCGGUGUUCGCCCCGUCAUGUGUUUCACAUACGGUGCUCACGAAGAAAUAUUGGAAGAACAUCAAGAUCGACUCGGUGUCCCUACCCACGGCGUUGCACUGUUGGCAGAUCGAGACGAGGUUCGCAAAGAUUAACGGAAAUGGCAACAACAACAAUAACAAUAACAACAAUAACUACAGCAACAAGUCUAGACCGGGCCGUGCGAACGGCAACGUCAACCCCAACGGCGGUGCGGGAAGCCAUAACAGGAGACCUACGAAAAUCGAUAGGCAGACGCCAGCAGAUAAUGCUACCAAAAGGAAACAGAAUAAAAUGCACCGCAAUGAUCAUCGAUCUGGAGCAAUGGUUCAUAGGAAGCGCAGACGUCACCACAAAAAUCACGGUAGCUGCAGACACCAACACAUACAAAGCUGCACUUGGCCACAAUGCAACAACUCGUGUCCAAAGCUUCAAAAUCCGGCAACAGGCGAAGAAGUAGACUUCAUUGAGCUGCUGCAGUCAUUCGGGGUGAAUAUACCAAAUCUAUCGUCCGAACUGGGAAUUGACAUGGAAUCGCUGAUACACAUGGACCAGGAAGAGCUGCUGAACCUACUCACCCAGCAAUCCAAUUAAACCCAUUUUGAAUUUAUUAUUAUGAUUUUUGGGGGGAGGGGAGUUGGUAGUAGUUCGGGGGACGGGGUGUGCAUUAUGAUGAGGUGGGAUAAGGGAUGGGUCGACGCGGGAUUUUAAAUAUUAUAAUAUUUAUUGGGGUGUUUUGUGUCUAAAUUACUGGAACGUGUUAAAUUUUACCAAAAAAGAAAAAAAAUAGAAAAUAUUGACAUUAACAAAACCGUUUGUACAUAGGUAUAUAUUUUUUUUUAAUUUAGCGUACGAAAAAACCAGUCAAUUCCCCCCUUUUUUUAUGUAAAUAAGUUAUUUGUACAUUUUGUUAAAGGAAACCAAACACUAUACUAAAAAGUUAAAACAGUAAUUACCUACUGUUUUGACAUUAUACAUGUACUUAAAUUUGGUUACUUGUAAGUACAAUUAUUAUUCCUUUAUGGGGGGGCCAAUAUAUUUUUUUUCCAAUACACAACUGUAUACCAAACUACCUGUUCCUUAAUUUUUUAAACUAGUUUAACACCUAAUGUUUUUAUUAUUAUAUAUACUUAAUAGUAAGUCAAUAUGAUAACGUAUUUGUACGUUUUAUAAAUGCGGUAUUUUUAAACUUUAAAUAACAUUAUAAACAAACCAUUAAAUUAGAUGUAAUUAGCUACCUUAAACUUACGUACGUACCUGCAUACUGCAAGGUCAAGUCAUACGAACCGCAUUUAUAGAACACCAAACAUUAAACAGUUUAGUAAUAAGGAAUACUACUAUUUUAGAUUGUUAGGAAUUACAAUUCCUAAACUUCCAAACUUUGAAUAAUCCACCAAAAUUAAUUGAAAAAAAGUAGUUUUUGUCUACCUUUAUUUAUUCUUUUUAUAUACAGCAGUUUUUAAUUAUUAUUAUUAUUUUUAUUAUUUUUAUUAUUAUUAUUAUUAAGGUAAAUUAUUGAUUAAUUUUUAUAACUAUUACCAACCAAAAUUAUUACUUUUGUACUUAUUAACAAUGUGUGAAGAAUUUUUUAUUAUAAAUUAUAAAACAAAAUGUAUGUAAUCAUUAUUUAUAACAUUAUUCAUUUUGAUUAUGAGUGAGUGUAUUGUAUUACACAUAUAAAUGUGUGUGGUGAGCAUAUAUGUAAACAUACAACAUAACUUAAAAUAAAAUAAUUUACAUACAAAUGUUAUAAUAUACAAAUACAACAUAUAAUAAAGUAGUCUUAAAA